AUGUCGGUUAUCACUGAAAAUCAACUCAAAAAAUCUGUUUCUCAAGCUAUCAAGCAAGUUCUCGUUGACUCAAAGUACACUGAUGAACCAAUAACAUUUGGUUAAGCUGUUGUUACUCAUCAUUUCUUGACAUAAGUACAGUAGUAGGAACUGAAGUAACAACAAAUUUAGCAAUAGCAUAUGAUUAAUCCUUACUUACCUCUUCAUCAAUAAUCAUCUCAAUAAGUUUAGAACCACCAUAAUGAACCUAUUUUACAAUCUUAACAUAUCAAUAUGCUUAACCAGAGUAUUAGUUCUCAUAUCAAUGACAACAAGGUUCAUCAUUCUUAAGUUGUCUAAUUCGAUCUGCUUUAGCAGUAAUAACCUGAAUUCAAAGCUCACUUUGGUAGAAAGAAGAUCAAGUUUGAAGAAGAAGCUAAAAAUAUAAAAGAUGUUUUCUAAUGGGAUGAUGGCUAGACAGAAUCUUUUAGAAAGACGAAAAUGCAGGAACUCUAAAGAAGUCCUUCCAGAUGGAAAACAGAGAAUAGAGAUACCUACAGAUAUUUUGUCGAUUCACCAAAGAAAAAGGAUCCUAAUGAUAAUUCUAAUAAGGUAGAAGGAGGUCGCAUAGCUUAAUAAAAUUAAAAUUAAAUUGGAGGUACUGGUGGUGUUCAUCCAAAUCAAUAAUACAAUCAGUCAAGCUAAGGUCGUCUUGCUGAUGAAUAUGGGCAUUACAAUAUCGAAGAUGAUGACAAUAAAAACCAUACUAAAUCUGUUAGAAUAGUGAAUUAAGGAGAUGGUGAAAAUGGAGAUCCAAACCUCUCUUCUAAAAAUGAUAAGAACAAAAAAUAAAAGAAUCCAAAAAGAUCAGCAUCGGCUUAGAAAUCGAAACAAAAGAACAUGGAUGGCAGAAUUGCAAAUUUAAAUUCUACUACAAGAUGGUUACCUGACUCUGCUUUUACAACUUACUUUGGUAAACCAGCCUUUCAUCUCUAUGGUAAAGGAAAUACUAAUCCUGCAGUUGGUGGAAAUGUUUAUGGCUAAUAUAUGCUGACUCAUAAUGUAAACCCAGAGAGUGGUGAGCAUUUGCCUAAGUACUAAUAAACAUACGACACUGCUUUGAACAAAGGUCUCUCUAAAAACAAUGGAGUAAGAGUUCCAAACCUCCCUAGAAAAGUGAGAGACGAUAUAAGAUUAACUCCGAAUUAAAUUGAAGAGCAAAAACAUAGAAAUCCUAUUAUGCCCAAAGAUAGAGGAUCUAAGGAGCUUUAGAGAGCUAAAUCUAUUAAAAUUGCCAAGCCAGAUCUUUAAAAGACCAAAUACUUCAAUUCUAAUCAUACAACAUAAGAGAACUCAAUGGAAUAGGGUAUACAUCAAUAAUAGAUUUAAGGAAAGACUAUCAAUAAUCAACCUAAAUCAAUUUUAGGCUAGAUUAAGCCAUAGGAUCAGAUAUAGAUUGAUUAGAUUUAUGAUUAAGAUAGAUUUGAUGGGAAAUAACUAUUAGGUCUCCAAGAAGUAUCUAAUCAGUAAAGAAUUGAUCUUUAAGCCAAUAAUCCUGACUUAAUGAUUCAAGAGGGAUAGGAUAUCGGAGAUGCAGAUUAUCAGGCUUAAAAUGCCAAUAAUAACUAAUUAUUGAUCGUCUAGAACUAAUCUUAGAACAGUGCUAUUUAGGGAAAUCAAUACAUUCCGAUGUGCAUUAUACCUACUAAUACUGCAGCAUAAAAAAAUGAAUUAAAUCCAAGAAAUUAUCAACAACUUCCUUCCUGCUGGACUCAAAGAAUUAGACCAGCUGGAAAACUUACUUACAAAUCAGAAUCACUUUACGAUGUAGUGGUCUCAAAACCCUUUACUAAUCCUCAUCAAGAUACUAUUUGA